AUGGCCACCUUCUCCUUCGGCUCGACAGCGCCGAAGCCCGCGACUCCCGCUCCGACUUUCAGUUUCGGCGCACCGGCCACGUCCGCCGCACCAGCAGCUGGCACGACCCCCUCCCUUUUCGGCUCGACCACGACGCCCGCCGCCUCUACAGCCGCGCCAUCGGGCGGCCUCUUCGGUUCCGCACCCGCAACGAGCGGCGCAGGCGGCGGUUUGUUCGGCUCGACUACUUCACAAGCGCCUGCGACGGGCGGCGGACUGUUCGGUUCUGCGACUCCUGCGACGGGAAGUGCGGCACCUCCGACAGGCGGGUUGUUUGGCUCGACGAACGCGGGUACGACGGGCGGACUGUUCGGCGCAAAGCCUGCGACGAUUGGCGCGACGGGCGGGCUGUUUGGCUCGACGACGCAGCAGCAGCAGCAGCAGCCGGCGGCGGGAGGAGGGCUGUUUGGGAGCACGACGGCGCCUGCGACGGGCGGACUCUUCGGCUCGACGGCGCAGCAGCAGCCUCAGCAGCCCCAGCAGCAGCAGGCCCCCUCGCUGUUUGGCCAGUCGCAAAGCGCCGCCUCGGCCUCGCUCUUCGGCCCCAAACCCGCCGGCUCUUCCUCCCUCUUCGGCUCGUCCAACCCGCUCCUCGGCUCCUCCACCACCGCCCAACCCACCGCUCCCUCCGCUCCAAUCCCCAAACUCGGCGACCCGCUCCCUGUAAACCCUAACGAACCCAGCAUCGAAUCGCGCUUGUCGGCGCUCAAAGACGCAUGGGAUCCGUCCAGUCCCAAGUGCAGGUUCCAGACGUACUUCUACAACGAGGUACCGGCGGGACAGAGCGUGGGGAUGUAUUCGAGGCCGGUUGAGGGCGCGAGGAGGGAUGAGUGGGAGAGGGCGAGGAGGGAGAAUCCCGAGCCGGAGAAGUUGAUCCCGGCGCUCGCACUCGGCUUCCCCUCGCUCCAGACGCGGCUGAAUCUCCAGCAACGCCUCAACAGCCAACACCAAGCGCUCCUUCACGAGAUCCACACACACCUCGACUCGCUCUCGUCCUCUCACUCGCUCACGACCUCCCUCCGCACGCUCCGGGCACGCCAGAACGCCGUUGCGCUCGCUGCGCGGCUGAACGCGCUCGUAGCGAAAGCAAGCGCCCUGAGUCCGGCUCGGAACGCGGGGAUCAGGAGGGAGGAAGACGAGUUGCGUGUUGAAUUGGAGGGACAGGUCAAGGGCGAGGUGGAGCGUGUCAAGGCGCGGAUGGGAGAGCUGUGGGCUGGUGUGGGGGCGGUCAAGGCGAGGAAGGGGAUUGCGCAGGGUGCGGGUGGAGAUGAGGAGGGUGCGGGGUGGGCGGUCGCGGACGAGGAAGGCUUGCGGAAGAUCCUCGAGAUCCUCGGCUCCCAGCAGUCUGGUCUGGACCACCUCACGCGCACGCUGCAGACGAUGGCGCGCGACGUCGAUGUCAUGAACGAGGCGUUCGGGCUGCAGCGGACCAAGGUGGCGGAUGUGGGACCGGUCGGUGCGGCGGGUGAGGGGCGGUAG